GCCAGGACAGGAUUCCCACAAUAGCGAGCGAAAGAGUUUUGUUUUUUUCGAAGGCGGAGAGCUCGCUGGGCUGGUGGCUGCUUCAAUCAAAGAGAAGGCAGAGGGAAGGGAGGCUCUGCGGGGAGAUGUAAGAUGGCAGAGCUACAAAUGUUGUUAGAGGAAGAGAUUCCGGCCGGGAAAAGAGCGCUUGUGGAGAGUUACCAGAACCUCACUAGAGUAGCGGACUACUGCGAGAACAAUUAUGUCCAGGCCCAGGAUAAGAGGAAGGCCCUGGAAGAGACCAAAGCCUACACCACGCAGUCCUUGGCCAGCGUGGCGUACCAGAUCAAUGCCUUAGCCAACAAUGUGCUGCAGCUUUUGGACAUCCAGGCGUCCCAGCUGCGCCGCAUGGAGUCUUCUAUCAACCACAUUUCCCAGACGGUGGACAUUCAUAAAGAGAAAGUGGCCCGGCGAGAGAUCGGGAUCCUGACCACCAAUAAGAACACAGCCCGGACUCAUAAGAUCAUAGCCCCCGCUAACAUGGAGCGCCCGGUCAGGUACAUCCGAAAGCCCAUAGACUACACGCUGCUGGACGAUGUGGGCCAUGGGGUCAAGCAACAUGGCAACAACCAAUCGAUCCGAGGCGGGACACUGUCAAGGACCAACCCGCCCACACAGAAGCCUCCCAGUCCCCCCAUGUCAGGGCGCGGCACGCUAGGACGCAACACAUCAUACAAGACCCUAGAACCAGUGAAACCUCCCACAGUGCCCAAUGACUACAUGACCAGCCCGGCCAGACUGGGCAGUCAGCACGGGCAGCAGAAUAGCCCCGGGCGCACGGCAUCACUCAACCAGAGGCAACGCACACACAGUGGCAGCAGUGGGGGCAGCGGCAGCAGAGAGAACAGCGGCAGUAGUGGGAUUGGCAUUCCCAUCGCCGUGCCAACACCCUCCAUCCCCAACUCUGGACAAGUGACCCCCAUGUCAGCUCCUCCAGGGGUGCCCCCUCCCCCUCCUCCCCUGCCUGGAUCAGCUCCACCAAUGGCAGCACCACCACCUCCACCACCUCCUCCUUUAGCACCCUUAGCAGUGGCUCCCGGGCCUGGCCUCGGUCCUGCUCCCAUGUCCCAGUUUGGAACCAUGUCGCGGCAGAUCUCGCGGCACAACCCCUCCAACUCGUCCGUUUCCAUGGUUUCGGCCACGGGCACCUAUCGCCGUGCGCCCUCCGUCACCUCGCAGUUCUCACUACAACAGCAACAGCAGCAGAUCCAGCAGAUCCAACAGCAGCCUCACGUUAAUGGGGGCACACCUGGUUACGGCCAGAACUCAAUGCCCAUGGCCCCCCCUCCGCCCCCCAUGCCACAGCUGACUCCACAGAUACCUCUGACUGGCUUUGUGGCCAGGAUGCAGGAGAGCAUUGCAGACACCCCAACCCCGCCUCCCCCGCCCCCUCCUGACGACGUGCCCAUGUUUGACGAGUCUCCACCACCCCCUCCUCCUCCCCCGGUGGACUAUGAGGAAGAGGAUGCAGCCGUGGUGCAUUACAGUGACCCCUACGCAGAUGGGGAUCCUCAGUGGGCCCCUAAGAACUACAUAGAGAAAGUGGUUGCCAUAUACGACUACACUAAAGACAAAGAUGACGAGCUGAGCUUCAUAGAGGGCGCCAUCAUUUAUGUGGUGAAGAAGAACGAUGAUGGCUGGUUCGAGGGCAUGUGCGGCGGCGUCACUGGCCUCUUCCCUGGAAACUAUGUGGAGAGCAUCAUGCACUACGCAGACUGAGGGACCUGCUCACUGUCAUAUCAUCUACACAAAACCAACCACCGCCACCACGCUAAUCAAAGGAACAUCUACUUGAGUUUGAAAAUGACUUGAACUGACUUGAAUAGUUUGAAAAGGUUGGAACUAUUUACUUUAGCUGCAUUCAUACUUCCAUACACCACAUUAAAACCAGGACUUAAAUGUUGUCUGGUUUAGUUCCAGUUAAGUAGGUCUACAGCAGCAUUAACCAGGACUAAACCAGGACCAAGCCAAGACAAGUGUGUGAACACAGCCUUGGUUACAUAAUGCUCCACUUAGCAACUAUAUUUCUAAUUUGUUUCAUAUUUUUUAUUUCAGUUGAUUAAGAAAAAUAGCUUGAAAACCAAAAUGUCUAGACAUAACAUCACAUCUAGUCAUGACUAUAUUUUAAUAAAAUCAUGAUUGCCAUUCACAUUCAAGUCACUUUUUCUCUUGUAGAUAUUUCUUUGUUGCAGCGCUAACUUAAGCAAACCCAACUGUAAGAUCUCAUUUUCAUAUGACCGAAUGUUUCUGUAAUUUGAAUCUCUAUUUAGUUUAUUUUGGUGUUAUUUGGGCAAAUGGGGGACAAUUAUGUAUGGAAUAUGUAAAAAAAAGUUAUUAAAGUAUCAGACUGCACAGCUGAUGGUCACACUGCUGAAGGAUGUCGUCCCAGAGAUUUCCUAAUAGUGAACAAAAGUACUGAAUGGCACCUUCCAAUGUUUGUACUUGUAAAUAACCGCUCGAGGUUACUUCAAUGUCAAUGCAGUGAAUGUCCAAAUAUACAGUAUAAUACUUUUCUCCAGACUUCAAAUGGAACAAAGGGUACACUAUGUAACUUUCCUGGUGAAGCGUCCAUUUGCCACUUGCUUGUCUCCAUGGAGAUGUUAGUGCUAUGCCUGGAAUGUUCCACAGUGUGAUAUUACACUUAAAUAUUAAGCAUAGCUCAAAAAUACCUUGAAAAACAAAUCCACAAAUGUGACUUGUAACUUGACCUGUUAGGGUUACCUGCCUGUCUCCAUGGAUAAGUUUAAUACCAUAAUGUGGAAUAUUACAGGCAAGACAAGCAGGUGGCAAAAGUUACGUAUUCUCCCUUUUAAUACAGACUAAUGCUAAACAAAUGCUAAAUGUUUUGGAAGCCGGACUACUGUUGAGAAUCUUGUUGGUAAAGCAUGCAAAAUUAUAAGAUAUAACGUAAUCUGAAUUUGUUGCCAUUUUUGUAUUAUUUUAAUACACUGUUUUUAAGGUGCUGAAGAGACCCAUACUUCUUUUUCUAAAUUAUUUCACAUAAAACGUGUUUUUGUUUUUUUAACAUCACACAUUCCUUUUAGGUUAGCAUUUUAAGAUGAUUGUCAUGUCACUGUAUUUUAAAGGAGAUAAGUGAUUUCAUUCAUUGGUCUUUUGACGCUUUUUCUUGGUUGUAUGCUGAGAGAUUGGGCCUAGACACAUCUUACCAGAUGUACUUCAUUUUAAUCAAGCUACUUGGCGAUGUUUUCUAAAAAUACUGUGUCUUCUAUUAGUUUUGACCAAUUUUCAGUUUCUCAAAGCAUGCCAAAGUUGACAGUAAAAAAUCCAUGUCCAACAGGUAACAAUGGAACAAUUGAAAGCAUGUUGAAUAGCGUUAGUGCUAUAAUGCUUUUAAUAUAGAAAAAUUUCACCUAUGUUAAAGUGUGUGGUGAAAAAGUAACUAAGGUUUUUGAAACAUUUAAAAGACUAAAAGGAAUAGACAUAGCCAAUUAAUUGCUGCCAAAGUUAUUCAGAAUGACAUCCUAGGAGUUCUUUAAUGAUUUGGUUCAGCAGGUGGUGUGCAAGUUUUUUACGCUGAGACUGGUGCCAGACUGCUGCGUGACAUUUCAGACAUAACCAAUUUAGUUUGUAGACCUCCUUUCAAAAGCAGUGCUGAUGAAUUUCUGAACCACAAUUGAUGGAGUAGAGUGGAUGUGAUUAACUUUUACAAUCAACUUCAACCAUACAGUGUCUCUCAGGUGCUAGCUAUUGACAUGGCUUCCCACAAUGUGUUCAUCAUUGCUCUUCUUCAUUCUAUUGCUUUUGCCCAGUAUGCUAUUCAAACCAAUGAAAAAGGUGGAAUUAAAGUAGUCUUUCAGCCCUUUUUUGUAUAUAAUGUGUUGAUUGAAAAUUUAAUGUACAGUCUUUUAUAAUAAACAAUUCUAUGUACAA